AUGGCGCGAGAGCGCAAAUACUUCCGCGCGCGCCCUGAGCGCAACUACACCUACGAAACGACUUUGGCCAUUGACUGGGGAAGCGAGGCUGUUCGAGCGAAGCUGUACUACAAGAUGGGAGAUGGACAGCCGGCCGAGAAGCUUUUACAGCACAUCUCGAUCAUGAAAGACAUCCAAAUUGAUCGCCGAGAGGUCAAGCGCCAAUUCACUUCCCACAUUUAUCCCUAUGGCAACACUAGUCCCAACCCUCCUGGAGAAGAUGUUUACCCAGGAAACAACCGUCUUCCAGGACGUCGUUCCAUUUCGUCCAAGCUUGGGAUGUAUGCCGUGGUGGGAAUCUCGGACGAGGUUGCCAGACAAUCUCCCGAGCUUCAGGAGUUGCGGGCACUAGUCCGUCGGAAACCGCAGCUCAAGCAGAUCAUUCGGAUAGGCAUCGAGCAAAUCAUGUACCGUGUCUUGCGCAAGGUCUACGAGUCCUUCGCCUUCUUCCGAGAGCCCACGCCUCGCGUCCUCGACGCCAUCGCACUGACGAUCCCUGCUCAAUGGACAAUCGAAUUCGAAGAGGAGUACGGCGAGCUGCUCAUCUCGGCAUGGGAUCGGGUCUUCGACUGCAGGGCUCCACAGCUCAUCUUCCUCAGUGAAGGACAGACCAAUGCGCACUUCGCUUUCUACAGAGACACAAUCACAGCGAUGCAUGAUCGCCAGCAUCUCUCUCACCGGGGUUUCUUCGACAUUGGAAGGUGCAAGAACGCUGUUCUGAUAAUCGACGCAGGAGGACACUGCACCAACACCUCUCUGGUCACUGUCUGCCAUGAUGACAAUCAGCUCGAGGUUCUCCCUGAUCGAGGCGCCAUUGGAGGCACAGCCCUGUGGGCGUGGCACGUACUAGAGCGGGCGAAAGCGGCCUGGGAACAUACUAAUCCACUGGAGGCUAUGCCUGUGGAGAUUGAGAACCAGAUCCUGAAGAUAUUCUAUCUCAACUGUCCAGACUACAGAGAGGACACAGGAGCACCGUUUGACAUCUACGACUGCGGCCCCAACCGAGACAUCUUCCACCACAGGCUCAGCCCCGAGGAACUUGUUCAGACAUUCGAAGACGCGAAUACGCAUGCCUUUUCCCUUAUUGAGGACGGGAUCGUUGAACUCAAGGCCCUCCGACGAAGUUGCGAGAGGAUCAAGAUUGUGAUCGGGGGCGGUUCAGCACAGGGGGCUAUGUGGUUGGCAUGCAUGACCAACCUUUGCACAAGGCACCAGAUGGAAGAGCCAAUCUACAUCUGGCAGAUUGAUCACAUCUACGAGCAUGCGAGGCUCGCAGCCGGCGCAAACUACGCCCUAGCGAAGGCAAAGUCUGUGGCCCAGUUUGUUGACAGAGCUGCCUUCGGCCUUGCCGUGAAGAAGGGCUUCAGAGGUGCAGAUGGAUGGACCUACGAUUGGCACUACCGGGCCAGCAUGCUAUGGGCACGGGGAAACAAGUGGGCCAAGACCAUCACGACGGACGGCACGGAAAAGUUCAAGGUGAUCUGCCAGCCCGAGUACGACAGCCCCCGAGCCAAGUCCACCAUCGAGCCGAACUACAAGGCCUACGAUCUCCUCCCAAUCCCCUGCCGCACGAAGGGCAUCCUCCAGUUCGAUUUCGAGAUCGACACCGACACCGACCAGCUGAAGCUUACAAUCAAACACAGACGUGUGUCGAAAUUGGGAAAGACUGGGAGGUCGACCGAGCUUGGGAAGGUUGAGUUCGAUCUCUGGGUCCCACCCGGCAGCCGCUGCCUCCAGAUCUGGGACUGUGUCGAGGACAUCGAGAGCAAGGUCACUACGGCCUUUGCAGGACAGCAAGAUGCAGAGGACACGGACGGCUCGGAGGGCGACGAGGCUGAAGAGAUGGAUAUCGACUCGGGCGCCCAAGAGCAGCCCAUCCAGAAGGCUCGCAAGCUUCGCAGCAGCCUUCGUGGAUCCGCCUCACGCGGUCAACAGGCUGCUGCUGAUGUUGAUAUGGAUGCCAUGGCGCCCGAAGAGGAGGACCAAAACCGUGGCGGCAACUCGUCCAGCGCGGCGCCGCUUGUUCAAGCUCAGGCUGGUGCGCCUCAAGGCUCCGCCGAGGACGUGGAGAUGGGCGGCAUGGAGGACGAAGAGGAGACAGCUGACACCAUCACUGUGGCUCCUGUGCCCGAGGAGCCUUCUCAGCCUCCUCAUACUAGAGGCCAGGGCGCGCCACGCCGCCGCCGCCGUGGAUCCCGCGUCUCUAGAGGAAUCUUCGCGCUGUGA